UAUAGUAUUUGUGUGUAAAUUAACAGUACAUAGUAGGAGUACGUAAAUGUAUUUUUCAUAGGUUUUAUACAUUUUAACAACUAAAACUCUUUACCACCAAAUAGUAUUUUGAGCAAAGUGACGUAAACAAAUUCUUUUGUUCCUUCUGUCAGUUGGUGUCUUAAAUUUUGAUGUGUACUUUUAUUAUGUGAAUAAAAAUAAUAAAAAUACGAUAUCCAGUGGACAAAAUGCCAUUGGAGGAAGUGAUCUGCGUUUAUUUGGACCGUGCUUUGCAGACCACAAUUCAAUUAUUCCUAUCGCAUUAUUGUCCACGGAUAUCCAACUAUUUACUUCAAGUGCCGUCUCUAAGAAAAUUAAAUACAAUAAAACUCAGAUGUUUUUCGCUUCUGGAUAAAUAAAUUAGAGAAAAAUCAUCAAAAAUGAACGCACCUAAUUUCAAUUUUCGCGGGUUCAGAAUGUCAACAAAGAACAUGGCUGUGGAAAUUCUAUUUGAAAACUCUGAUUAUUUAAUCGUGAACAAGCCUUAUGACAUGUAUAUCAAUUCUGAUGACGAAAACGAAAAGAACACAGUGGCUUACCAAAUAGCGCGUUGCGAUUCUCAUCUGUCAACGUCAUCGCAACCUUUACAUUUCGUCCAACGAUUGGACUACGCCACGAGCGGCGUGCUCUGCAUGGCCAAGAGUCGGCCAGCUGCGGCCAGCGCUGGCAAAGCGUUCGAAAAGAGAUUGACCAGGAAAUACUACCUGGCGAUCGUCCGCGGACAUGUUGGCUUUGAGCUGGCCGAUGUUGAUUAUGGCGUUGGCGCAGACCCUGAAACCCUGCACUCGAAUCACAAGAUGCUGGCGCGAACAUCUUCAUCUCAGACGAUACAAGUUCGCAGCGCUCAGACCAGGAUGCUGCUCUUGGAGACGGGCUGGUACCAACGGAGUCCUGUGUCUGUACUCCUACUGAAGCCUAUAACUGGUCGUCGCCAUCAGCUGAGGGUCCACUGUAACGCAAUAGGCCACACUAUACUGGGCGAUUAUACUUACAGCGACAGGUCGGACUGUUCUCCACACCGCAUGUUUCUCCACGCUUCCAGGCUAGUUUUACCGGUCGACAAGGAAGUUAUCGACGUUCAAACCAAAACCCCUUACUUUUCCGAUGAAGGCUUCCUCCAGCACUGGAAGUCUGAUCGGGUAGCGUACCCUUACAAAACCAAAGGCGACUUCAAUGAUGUAUGUGACGUGAUCGAUAAGUCAUAUGUGCUGGGCGUCAACUAUAAAAUGUAUAAUUGCACCAAUUAA